CUAAGAACCCCAUAGUAGCAGCAGAUCUGCUCAAGCGCCCCCUCCGAAUGGGGCUGAUGAGCCUUCUUGUGGCCGGGCCCAUCUCAGGAGCCUGUGGUGGGUCAGUCCAACCUUGUCAAAGCUGAACUCUGCUCUGCCGAGAGGAGUCAGUGAGGAGCUACGUGUAUAGAAUGAGCCUCGGGAGCUUCAGUGGUUGGUUUUUUUCUUUCUUUUAGUAUACUAAAAAAGGCAAUGGGUUCAGACCACAGAGUCUCUGAUUUAUAGCCUGCAGGCACGGUAUGGCUCGGUGCAUGUUCUCAGCCAGUUUCCGUAAACUUUCAGCCCAGAAAAGACUUUCGCAGGAGCAACAUGCGUCUGCUGAUCACCGUCCUCUCCUUGCUGGUCACCUCUUGUCCUGCCGAGGACUCGUGUCCAGCAGAAGUGAAGGUCGUUGGAGUGGGAGAUUCGGACAGACUGGCCAUCCUCAGAGGCUGCCCCGGCGUUCCUGGAUCUCCUGGUGCAAAAGGAGAAAAUGGAGCGGCAGGAGAGAAAGGGCAGAAAGGAUCUACAGGAGAAGUUGGAAAGGUUGGUCCACAAGGACAAAAAGGAGAGAAAGGAGAAUCCGGAAAGCCGGAGUCAGGACUGUACGCUGCCAGGAACUGUAAGGAGCUGCUGGAUCAUGGAGAAGUGCUCAGUGACUGGUACACAAUAUACCCAGAUGGCAGCGCCCCCCUGAGGGUGCUGUGUGACAUGCACACAGAUGGCGGGGGCUGGAUUGUUUUUCAAAGACGCUUGGAUGGUUCCGUGGAUUUCUUCCGGGACUGGAAUUCUUAUAAGGAAGGUUUUGGAAGCCGCCUGGCUGAUUUCUGGUUGGGAAAUGAGAAUAUUCACAAGCUAACGUCUUCGGAUACGUGGGAGCUACGCAUCGAUCUAGAGGACUUCGACCGCGCACAAUAUUUUGCCAAAUACUCCUCAUUUCAGAUCCUCGGAGAAGAAGAGAAAUACAAAUUAUUGAUUGGAGGCUUCAAAAAUGGAAAUGCAGGUGACUCUAUGUCCUACCAUAACCUGAUGGGGUUCUCCACGAAGGACGAGGACAAUGACCUGAACAAAGGCGACUGCGCGAGGACCUGCUCCUCGGGCUGGUGGUAUAACUCCUGCUAUCACGCCAACCUGAACGGCCCGUACCUGGCGGGGGAGCACGGCAGCGGCAAGUUCGCCGUACACUGGUACACGGGCAAAGGACUCUCCUAUUCUUACAAGAGAUCUGAGAUGAAGAUACGGCCUGAGGUAAAGAAGUAAAGCAGGCCUGACACCCGCCAUCCACCCAGCCGGGCACAGCGCUGGUUGUCAGGAGUCCACAAGAUUGGGAAAAUCAUAGAUUCUAGUUUUUCUCACCAAAUAUCUCCUUGUUUUAAUAAAUAU